UCACACAUUUUGUGAGCUACAGUACCAAGUUGAAAUCUCAGAGUUUCGUUUCAUUUACAAUACAGAGUGUUUGCAUUCCAAAGAGAGCAUUUAAAUUUACUGAUCAUGGACCAAUCCCAGAAGGUAAGUUACGAAGCUGGGCAGACCAAGGGCCAAUGUCAGGAAAAGGCAAGCGGUAUGAUGGAAAAGGCUGGCAAUGCUGCCCAAAGUGCCAAAGAAUCAUGCCAAGAGGCUACUCAGGAGGUGAAGGCCAAGGCGCAAGGGGCUGUUGAUGCUGCUAAGAGUACAGUGGGAGCGAACAAAUAAUGCAACUAAUAAUCUAUCUUGGUGCUCAUCGAUCCAGCCCUCCCCAAAUAAAAUCUCAUGCCAUUGACUUCACUUCCAUUUUCUUUCUCUUCGCAUUUUCUUUUGAUCUUGCUGUCAAUGAUGUGGUUGUUAAUUUGUCCUAAUUUGGAUUACGAAGGGAGCUCUUUUAUAGAGUACUGUUUUGGAGAAGUUCAUGCACAUUAAUGUUUCCUAAUGUGCUGUAUUAACAGUUAGAAAUUCCUACCUAUUGCAAUAAAAAAUAGACAACAUUGCAAUCCAAUUGCAAAUUAUGCUUCAA